GGUCGCGAGGCCACAGCGUCGUUUAGGCGGUUGAGAGGCAGUAGCGGCCCGGAGCGCCCCCAACCCCGCCUCCCGCUCUCUGAGGUCAUCAAGAAGAAGCUGGUGGCAUCUGUAAAGGCACUACAGAAGCAGUAUGUGUCCCUGGACACAGUAGUCACUAGCAAAGACGGAGAUGCCAACACCAUGUGCAGUGCCCUGGAGGCCAUGUUCAUCCACGGCCUGCAUGCGAAGCACAUCCGAGCCGAGGCUGGAGGGAAGAGGAAGAAAAGUGCUCACCAGAAGCCUCUGCCUCAGCCUGUCUUCUGGCCCCUCCUGAAGUCUGUCACCCACAAAAUUCUCAGGUGCAGUCCUCUGACAGCUGUUGAAAAUUCAUAUCUUUUUAAAUUACCAGCAUUAAAAUACCUAGACAUGGGAACAACACAAGUAUCACCACAGUUGAGAAUAUCCUCAUGACGACUCUUGAAUUGCAAAACCUGUAAGUUAUUUUUCUCCUUAGGCUUAUUUUACUUCAGUGUCUAUUAAGUUUGUCUUAUUAUUUUUCUUAAGUUCUAUUUGUUUAUAGUGUAAUUUUCACAUAAUAAAAUUCUCCCUUUUUAA